GGGUUGUCUUAAAGGGGAAGCGUCUAAUUCAGAAGCUUUGGGAAGAAAAGCGGGAAGGUUGCAGAGCAAGUGAAACCUGGCGGCAGGUUCCAAGCCCCCCAGAUGUUUCCUUCUUAAGUUGUGAAAGUAAUAUGUUGGGAUAUCAAGAAGAAGAGGAAUUGACUACUGUGCGUGUCCAAGAUCCUCGAAUACAUAAUGAGGGCUCGUGGAAUUCUUAUGUGGAUUACAAAAUAUUUCUCCAUACCAACAGUAAAGCUUUCACAGCCAAGACAUCUUGUGUCCGCAGACGAUAUCGUGAGUUUGUGUGGUUAAAGAAACAGCUGCAAAAAAAUGCUGGCUUGGUGCCUGUCCCAGAACUUCCAGGGAAAUCUACUUUCUUCACAGGCAAUACUGAUGAAUUCAUUGAGAAACGAAGACAAGGAUUGCAACAGUUCUUGGAGAAGACGGUACAGAAUGUUGUACUCCUUUCAGAUAGCCAGCUGCACCUUUUCCUACAAAGCCAACUCUCUGUACCAGAAAUUGAAGCUUAUGUGCAGGGUCGGGGCCCUAUGAGUGUCACUGAUGCCAUUCUCCACUAUGCCAGGUCCAAUUGUGGUUGGAUUCAGGAGGACAGUCAUUCAGCUUUGCUGGCUGUGCAUGACUUUGGCAACAGUUUUGAUGAAGAAAGCCAGUUUGUCCAAAGCUCCAUAGAACCACUCCCUCAUUGGAGUGAUGUCAGCAUAGAUGGCAACAAAUUGGAGAGUCCGUGUUCUGAGGAAGAUGACCAUCAACCAACAGGACUGCUACAGGCUGGUUCCACAGCAUCAAAUCACCACAUCAAUUAGCGAGAAUAAGAAAGCCCAUUCAGGAUGUGCUUUGGAGCUCAGCAUAAACUUUUGCCACUUAAGUUGAAAAUUAUUUGGAUUAUUAGAACUCCAGGCGGAAGUGUUUGGAUUAUUCCUAGUGGCUUGGGUGUGAAAAGCCUGGACCAGUGAACUGUUUGAACAAUUAGAAUUGAAGCAUAUGAAUGCAGAAGUAGUUUUCCAGUAUGCUUUUUUUCUGCUCUUCCACUUUGAUCCCUCGUCUUCCUCAACUUUUUGUAUAUUUUGACAAAUUAUCCUGCAUAGGAAAAUGCUCUGGCUUGUUGACUAUGUUCUCUUCCCUCAUCCUCCAUAUCUACAUCUGAUAAUGCUUGUUGCACAACCCCAGCUGCCUUUUGUAGGUGUAUCAAAACCAUUUGCCUGUAGUACAGCUUCUUUUUAAGAUGGUGCCAGAAAGCCCACCUGCUUGCCAUGAACGCCAAAUCCACAUCUGGGUUUUUUGGUAGAUAUACACAGCUGGGACAAAUGGCCAGACUCCCUCCCCAAUUCAUUAUUGCUAGAGCUGCUAAGAGGAGCAAGUUAUAAAUAUUCAAGGGAAAUGAGGAAUGACAAUCUGUAUUCUUCUUAGUUGUUAGGUGCACAUCCUGGGAAGAGUCAUUCUUGCUAUAUUUCAUUGCUUUGACACAGCAUACAAUUUGACAAGGAGACAGUAAUAAACCCCAUCUUAUAUACUAAAUAAAAAUUAUACUUGUCUGCCUAAGUCCUCUUAUCAGUAUCAUUAUUAUAGUAGCAGCAAAACAGCAAUUCCAUAAGUCUAGGUAUUUCAGUUUGCAGAUUUCUUAUUUGACUUGUUUGAUCUUUGAGCAAAAUAUAAAAUUGAAAUCAACAGACUCCGAAGAGCCUGGAAGAUCUGCAAGCGCCUGCUUGAGAUGUUUCAGUCCCUUCCUUUUUCUUCCCUUCCCCCUGCAUUUCCAUACACUACACAAUAGAAGCUAAAUAUCAGACCUCUGUUAUCUCUCUCCCAGUUUUUGUCCUUUAAACUGGGCAGAGAAACACAAAUAAGGCAAUUUUUGCCACAAAUAAAUAUUUAUCCUAUGGGCAGUGGCUUUUUUUUGUUUUUUUUGUUUAACUAAAUUACUUGAGGGGGUUUUGUCUUCUUUGUGUUCUCUUGUGAUGACAAUCUCAACAAAUGUACAUGAAAACAGAACAAUUAUUAUUUAAAAAGAACUAGUACAUUGCUUAUACCUCUCUUCCCACUCUUAUCUUGUGAUGGUUAUUUUCAAUUUGAAUUUUGCUUUUAUUAUAGAACCCACAAAGGAACAAUGCUUAAAGCUGUAGAAAAAACUAAGUAAAACAAAUAAAUAAAAUAAAAUGGCAAAAAAUGGCAGGUUUUCACGUAUGUGUGAAAUAUACAGUACACAUACAUCUAUGCACAAGCCCAUACAAACCAUUUCACUAAAUGGUUGCCAUAUUUUAUAAUUAUCCAUAUCUAAACUAAGUCAGUAAGUGAUUUGCUUGUAAAAUAUUAAUCCUGUAGACUUCUAAAUUGUUGGGACCAUAUAUUUAUUUUUCCAAUGCUGAAAUCUUUUAAUAUAAACAGAGAAUCUACUUUCUUUAUAUGCAUAAGAGUAUGGUUCAAAAUGAACAUCCGGAAAUAUUAAAUCUUGUCUCAAAAUUGACUUAAUACAUGUAACAGUUUCUUCCCCCGAUGGAACCUUUAUAGAACCCUGUAUAAACAUAUAUUUAAUCAAAGCAUUGAUUUCACUGCUGUUCCCGUCAUCUGAGGAUUUACUCAAGCUUCUCCAAUGUUUGUGAUGAGGACCUGGGGAGAAAAUGAAUCACCUUUUCUUUCAUGAUUUUACAGUUUGUAGAGUAAGAAUAAAGUAAACCCAUACUAGAAUUUC